AUGAACCCCUUGAAGCUGCUCCCGCUCAAGACGGGCUUCAACUACGAACAGCUGCCCGGCUACGAGCACAAUGCUAGCACUCCGCUCAAAAAGUAUCGCUGGCGAUCCCCCAGCCCGGGCGGCGACCGCUUUGGCCUGCCCAGGAUGUCGCCGUCGAGAGUCCUGCUCUUUGCGAUAACCGCCAUCUUCUGCAUCGGCCUGCUGGCGACAGGCGGCUACCGAAGGCACCAAAACUUCAUCCAUCAGCCCCUCCCGCCCCGGGAGCUCUUCCCUUGGGAACACUUCCCACGGCUCAACGGCUACUACAAUGGCAUUCGCACGCUCGUCUCGCUUAAAGAGUACCAGCCCGAGCAGGUGUUUGUUCAUCCCGAUCAGGAGGAGGGUUUGGCCUACUUCCCCUCUACGACCCAGAAGGCGAAGAUGGGUCAGGCCCCUGAGCCGUCGCCCUCUGCCAGGCCCUUCCCGAUCAACCCAUACCCUGACUUCAAGUCUCCCGAAUACCUGAAGGAAUUCCAGCCGGUCGAGGACUGCUAUCUUGAUGAGGGCCUCAAAACGCCAACCCCAGAUAUCUACGCUUACCCCGGCAUUCCCGCAAACAUGACUGCGCCUUUCUUCGGUUCCUACGAGCAGCUGGAAAUUCCAAAUGACAUUUGCUACGAGCGCUUCGGCAGGCUGAGCCCCUAUGGCUACGGCUUCAACCCCGAUGAGGGCGGAGUCGGCCUGGCUGAAAACUCGGAAAGCGUUGGAGCGGAGAGGGUCUGGGAACUCGUCACCAAGCAGAGGGUGGACUGGAGACAGGUUGACUGGGGCCGUGCGCAACAGGCUUGCUACGACAAGAACAGGAUCCGCUACGAAAAGAACGGCCUUACGCUGGAAGGCAAAGCGGGAAACCCGGGCAAGAAGAUGGUGAAGCGCUCGGCCUACGUCCUGCGCACCUGGUCCGGCUACCACUACUCUGAGUGGCAGCUCCUCGCUUUGCGCGCCAUGAUCAACGAGCUGUCGCUGAAGUCUGGCGGCGAGUAUGACGUACACCUCCUUGUGCACAUCAAGGACGACAGCAUCCCCAUCUGGGCUUCCGACGCAAUCUACCAGAGGACGCUCGAGGAGCAGGUGCCGAAGGAGUUCUGGGGAAUCGCUACCCUGUGGUCAGAGCAACAGAUGCGCACGUACUACCCAGAGCCUUUCGUUGACAACCUCGAGAACGACUCUGGCCAGCCCGUUCACAGCGUCUACCGCGGCGCCCACUUUGCUCUUCAGUGGUUCGCUCAGCAGCACCCCGAGUACGACUUCUUCUGGAACUGGGAGAUGGAUCUGCGUUACACUGGCCACUACUACGAGUUUCACGACCGCCUUGGUAGGUGGGCUAAGAAGCAGCCUCGCAAGGGCGCUUGGGAGCGCAGCUCCAAGUUCUACAUGCCUGAUCUGCACGGCUCUUGGGAAAACUACACUCGCAUGGUCGAGCAAGAAAUCGAGGAGUCUGACACGCCUCCUGUCUGGGGUCCGCCCGUCUACGAAGCUCGCGACAGGAUCCCCUCUCCUCCCGGCACCACUCCUCCGACAAGCUAUGAACAGGACAACUACGAGUGGGGUGUUGGCGAAGAUGCUGAUCUGAUCACCUUCAACCCGUUCUUCGACCCCGAGAAGACCAACUGGGUGUUCCGUCACGAUAUCACUGGUUACGAUCUUUCGCUCCCGCCGCCGCCCCGCCGUGUUGCCAUCAUUACGGUUGCUCGUCUUUCGAAGCGUCUUCUUAACCUCAUGCACGAGGAGACUUACCGUCUCCGUCACACCAUGUUCCCGGAGAUGUGGCCCCCGACUGUCGCCUACCACCACGGUCUCAAAGCCGUGUACGCCCCGCACCCCGUCUUCUUUGACCGCAACUGGGACCUGGACUACAUGAACCGCAUCUUCAACUACCCCAAGAAGGAAAUCGAGUCGCCGUUUGGCUGGGGCGAGCACAACCUGCUCGGCUCAUCCUUCUACUACAACUCGGGCUUCUCGGGAGCGCUCUGGAGACGCUGGCUCGGCGCCAGCGAGAACGGCGAGGGUGGCCGCAUGGAAGAGGAGAACGGCUCGGGCCGGAUGUGCCUACGGGGCAUCCUGUUCCACCCGAUCAAGUCGGAACGCGGCGAAUAA